AUGAUUGCGAUAGAGUCCGAACAACCUAUCAAAGAGGUGCCGAAGCCCGAGUCAACAGGCACGCAAAAAACGCUGACGCGAUCGAGUGCCGUCAGCCAGAAGUCUGUGGAAAUCAUGGUUCAUCCAGAAGGUUCCAAUAAUCCUCUACACAGGUCUAAACUCGCGCCCCAGCGUUCGACGUCUGAGACCCAGUCUUCAGGUAAAAAGAUUCUAAAUCUUCGAAAGACGAAGAACUCUUCUUUAGAGUCGACGAUGAGUUUGCCGAAUCAGAAGAGCUUAGAGAAGAAACAAGGAAGUCUUCGGCAUCAGAAGUCGAUCGUGGCGCAUUCUGACAUAACGUUGAGCACUCAGCCGUCGAUGUCGGAUGACCGGAAGGCGCUGAGAGAGGCGCUGUACCAGGGUAUCUUCCACAGACACAGAAGGACAAUUUUCGCCGUUGGCUCCUUCCUCAGGAUGCUAAGAAGUAAAACGUCCAAUUAUGACUCUAUAAGAUCAGACUCUGACGAGAUAUAGCACCAGUAGUGGUCGUAGACUAGUGAACAUUGGUGCCACGAACUAAGAACGCUUUUGUAACCAGAUUGGAGUUACUAUGUUGAUAGGGUACUUUGUAAGAUUUUUAUUUUGUAUUAAAAAGUUCCUAAUUAUUUCUGUUGGUUUAUAGUGAUCCCGCUUGGAAUCGUUAGGAUUGUUGUUAAAGGAUGAAUUUCAUAAGAAUAUACAGUUAAGAUUCACUUUGACUGUUAAUAGUUUAAUUAAUUCAAUUGUGUAAUGAGAAUGAAUUUCGUUACUCAAUCGAAUUCAUUAAAUAAAAACGAAUUUAGCUCCUUAACUGUGUAGGGGUAACGUUUGAAAUUCGUACUUAAACGGGUUUAUUUUGCUUAUAAUGGACUGAAUUAUUAAUAUUUAGCCUAGAAAGCAGACAUGGAACUAUGUGCAUGACUAAAGUUUGCAGUCGGAGGUGCUUCGAGAAGUUGGUUUUCUAAGAAAAUAUUGCACAAGGGAAAAUUCUGUUGAAACUUUAAAGUAACAUUACAACGCCUGCAUUAUUCGUCAUAAAAAACAUAGAACUAAACUACUUAAAACUUAAAUGCUCUCAACUUGCAAAGAAAAUAAAAUACACUAGAUUUUCUUUCGUUAAAACAUCGACAUAAAAAAACUUAUUUUAUUCGAGCGAAGAAAAGCUAUUGAAGUACGACCGGUAAGGACCUCAUUAUUUGAAUUGAAUUGAAUAUACAAUGUAAAUUAUAUUUAAUACGAGUAGUGUACUUGAAUACUGCCUUCAUUCUAACAAGAUUAUUCAGCAUCAUUCAAGUUAGCUUUAAAAUUGAAUACUAUUUCAAUAUUUUGUCACCCUACUUACGUUAUAACAAAGAAAAUUUGAAAUAGAGGUGUAUUGUCAAAGAAAACUUUGUAGCCACAGUAAAUUUACUGCCAUCUUUCGAUACAUGACAGCGCUCGAAACGAUGCCGCCAUAACUAUGGUAUAGACCAUUAGAUGGCUCUAUUAGAUGGCGUAACUUUUUGAUAUUUAACAUAUUUAACACAUAUCAGUGAAAGACUAAGGAUCAUGUGUCGAAAGAUGGCAGUAAAUUUACUGCGGCUACAAAGUUUACUUUGACAAUCCACUUCUAUUUCAAAUUAUCUUUGGUUAUAAUAACGUAACUUGGGUUAUAAAAAAGUAAAUUUUGUUAUUUACUUUACAUGACAUAUUAUACAGCACUAUUUGACUUUUCAAACAAAACAAAAAAUGUCCUUUAAUAUGUGCUAAUCUGUUUACAUACAUUUCAUCAGUGACAGCUUGCAUGCGUGGCGCACGCAAUCCGCAAAAAUGCAAAAACUUGACAUGUCAUGUCAUUUCUCGUGACUAACACGCAACUGUCACAUGUCAACACAUGAAUCUCGAUACAGUCAACAAGGACGUGUACACGCAAAUAUGUCGUUAGUAAAACUUGGUAGACUCAACGCGAAAAAUACGAGUCGAGUUUCUUUGGAAAAAAAGAAGUGCUCGAAAACGUGAACUAAGGGUACUUAUAAUAUGAUAGAAUAUAUUGUAAAAAUAGUACCCAAGUAUAAAGGACUCAUUUAUCAACAAUUUGAUGGAAUCCAUUGUGUUACAAGAGUUAUAGGUAACCAUAUAAAUGUAUGAUUAUUUUUCAUAAUACAAAUAUGUGUAAUUUAAUAAGGUUACAAAUGCAUAGGUAAAAGUUCAAUUUUUACUGCUUGAUUUCAGUUCAGCAAAAACACUUUCCUGGUUAAUAAUUAGGGGUGAAAGGUGAAAUAUUGCCCUUGACACGCGAUGGGAAGUGGGUUCGACGUUAACACUUCAUUUGCGAGGUUUGUUUUGGUUUUUUAAGGUUAUGCAGAAUGCUAAUUGGUUCAAGUAAACUUUUUUAACUUAUUUUGGGUUAAGAACGUAAAUCGUUUCUAUUUGUGAUUUCUCAAUAUAUAACGUUCUGAGAGUUAGGUCAUGCAACCUAAAAUAAAGAAAAUGGUUCGGUGAGAAAUAAUUUUGUAAAAAAAAAACAGUAUAAAAAUACGAUUGAAGAAGGAAAUCUUUACAGAAAUAUCCCCGGCCUAAAAAACACUAACAACGGAAUACAAUACUGUUAGAAAAGUUAUUUUGUCGUAGUCUCGUUUUUCUAAAGUCGAGAUACCUACUUGAUUUCAAUUCAUGUACGAGUACAUGUUAUGUAUGUUUUAUUAACGUGAAUUACCCCGAAUUAUUUUUUAUUUGCGUCGAUACUUACAACAAACGGAGGUUUUUAGCGUAGCUACAAAAACCCUGCUAUGCGCUACGGCGUAGUACACGAAGCGUCGCUAAUGUUACAAAAAAUAUAUACCUAAGAAAACUAAUUAAUUAAGAUACCUUUUCCAAACUAGCCUAACUAAAACUAGAAACGUCUCACAAGACAUAAAGAAAACAUGAGGUCAUGCUUUUAGGAUUUAACUUUAGAUCAUUUGAUGUUAUAAAUACGUACCUACAGUCCUACACACACUUAAGGGUAAAUUAUUAAUUAUUAAUUUUCGUGUUUUAAUUUAAUAGAUUUUUUAUGUAACGAUAAUUAUAAUUUAUCACAAAUAUAUUUGAGCAUUUUGAGGUAUCGCUGGAGCAAUAUCGUGGAGGCGGAUCUGCGCGAACUUCGAGUUGACAAUUCGAGAAGUCGCACAGGACCGAGAAAAGUGGCGCUGUCUUGUGUCGGAGGCCAAGUCUCAUUUUGGGUCGCUGAGCCAACGGAGUAAAGCUGGCCAUACACACUAGGGGUAGGGGUAGGGGUGUGUUGUAUUAUUUGUACUGUUUCUGUAUUGAGGUGUGCAAUAAAGUGUAUUUGUAUUGUAUUGUAUGCCUGCGCAGUUUUACCAAUUGCAUAGGUAAAACGGCGCGUGUGUGGUAUUCGACUGUGCAGUUUCCUAUACAGCUUCGCCUGUGCAGUUGAACUGUACAGGCAAAACUGCGCAAGCAUACCUUAGUGUGUAUGGCCAGCUUAAGUAAGUAAGUAAGUAUUUUUCGUUACACAAUGUAUGGAAUCCCUUACUAAGUAAAAUUAAAUGCAGGGUUUACUAAGGAAAGAUGACAUAAAGCAUUACAAAUAGAAACUACAAGUAAACAUCGCUCAAGGUCGAUCUCAAACGUGGUUAGAUCAUCGUUAGAAAUAUUUAAUUGGUAAUGUUACUUUAAAGUUCCACGAUUACAUAAUAGGUAUAUUAAAUAAUAUUGGUACUCUCGGUAGCAGAUGUGGAUAGAAUAAUUUGUGCAAAUCGAUUUGCGUCUUUAUUGCAAAGAUAACAAGGCUUCGAUAAGGAUCUGUCUGCUCGUUUGCCUCCUAUAUCAUAAAAUAAUACGCUAAAAUAAAUUUGGUACUGAUUGUAUUGAUUUUGAUUACAGAUUUGGAAAGUUUCCUAAAUUUUGGAUAAUUUCAUAAAAAAAAAAUUACAAGAGAUAGUCUGACCAGCGAAUCGUGUGACAAAAAAAUACCAAAAUAAUGCGGGAAUUUUAGCACAAGCCGCACCUGGCCUCCUGAAAUUAAAUGACAUCUUGAAACUGACAGCUUAUUUGAUAGGAAAAUAAAAAAUCGGUCAAGAGCAUGUGUGUGGUCAUGCUCAGUGCAGGGUUUCGUAGUUAUUGUUCUGUCAGAACAGGCCAUGUACAUUUUACAAGUAUAAGCAGCGCUUUGUACGUCUUUUUUUCAUAUUUUUUGGGCGCAUAUUUUUUUCUUUCUGAGCGAUUAUUUCCUAAAAUAUUAACUUUAUCAAAAAAUGACCGUUGAAAACCCGUAUUCGUAUUAAAAUGCCUAUCCAACGAUACCCCACACUGUUGGAUCAAAGCAACAAAAAAAAAAUCUAAAAACUUUUCUUGAAAAUUUUAUUUUAAAGUUUUAUUGCCAUGCAUGAUUUAUGUAUCCAUGCCAAAUUGCAGCUUUCUAGCACUAACGAUCACGGAGCAAAGCCUUGGAUGGACGGACAGACGGACAUGGCGAAAUUAUAAGGGUUUCUAGGUGACUACGCAACCCUAAAAAAUUGUCAUAACUAUAAAGAAUUUCGAAAAAUUGCUUGUGACACCACUCUCUAGUCAGCCUCAAAAUGGUAUAGAUUUUUUAAAAUGGAAAGUCUCAGUCUUAACAUUAUUAGAAGGUUACGAAGAUUCCAUGUGGAAAUUAUGCAAAUUUGGGAAAAAAAACCGACAUCACACUAUAUUGAAAACGCAUUCCGUCAUUCUGGUUGUUUAACUUUAAAAAAACAUAGUUACAUUAAAUGCACCUCCGAUUUCGAUGUUUUAAAAGGUUUUUGAUGUAGUAUACAUACGUAUAUAAAGCGGUUAUGUAUAUAUCCAAUAUUUGGUAUGUUAUACAAUUCCUUUGGGAAAGUGAUGCUUCGAAAAAUCGAAUAGUGAGCUUAUGUAGUUGACAUUUUUAUUAAUUUGCUGAUUACUUUGUGUCCUUGCAUUUAGUCAAAUAAUUCGCGUAGAACAUUCGCCAAUUGGCUAAAGUUAAAAAUGUUAUACUUAAGAUUUUAAUUCUCUAAUAUAAACUCUGACGAAAAUUAUAAUAUGACUAAGUUUCGUUACACAAAGGAGUCAUUUAAAUUGUACCAGGCGAAUUAAAGCUUUAAGUAUGUACCUUUUUAUUUUGGCCAAAAUGUUCUUUGUCGAUAUUUUUGUAAAUGUCGGACACGAUUUUACAUGAAAGUAGUCAUUUUAAUAAUAAUGUACGUAAUCAAAUCCUGGUCGAAGUUAGUCGAGCGCAUUGUACGGGGUCUUCCGAAUGUCGUCCACCCAACGAGCCAACGGACGCCAGGCACUCCUUUCGUCUGAAAGCGGCCACCAUUCCGUUAGCAUUUUGGCCCACCUGCCAUCACUCUGCCUGGCAACAUGUCCCGCCCAGCUCCAUUUUAAUUUGGUAAUGACGUGUCCGACGUCUUGCACCUUGGUGCGACGUCGGAUCUCGACAUUCCUCACUCGGUCUUGAAGUUUGAUGCCGAUUCGGAAGACUGCGGGUCACUUCUGGAUGAGAUUGGCUCGGGACCGGGAUAAGUGGCGUACUAGAAGAGAGGCCUAUGCUCAGCAGAGGGAGAUAAAAGGCUGAUAUGAUGAUUUAUGAUGAUUGUACGGGGUAAGUACCUUCUCUGGAGAUGUCUCCUGGUACAAUUGUGGCUUGUGUCAAACUAAGCCGUGGAAGCCAUAGGUGGCCUAGCCAAGUUGACGAACGAAAAUCUAAAGUGUAUCGGGGACAGAUGCUACGAAAAGUCUCGUGACUGUCCAUGUCCAUAACUUUCAUUAUUGAAUGCAUUGAAUGACUACUUUUAUGUAAAAUGUAAUGAUAAAAGUAGAUAAUUAGGCGGAACAAUGGAUUGUUGAGACACGUUUUGGAACAUUUUAUGCACUUUUUAUAUAUUUGUACAUCCUAAGGUUAUUAUAAAACGUGCUGUUGUGACGUAGAUACUAAAUAAACCAUUUUAUGUAUAAAAUAUAUGAAACAUGAGCUUCGUAAUAUAGCUUUUUAUAACAAUAGUAAUUUAGAUUUUAUUUUAAAACAUUACUUUAAUUUUAUAAGCGUUUGAAUGUUUAGUCAGCUAUUUUGAUCAUAAAAUGUCAGCCAUUUGUAAAAAUAGGAGAUGUAAGGGAAAGUACGAAUUUCACUUUAGAAACUGGGAAUAAAUGUCAUAUAAAUGUUUGCAAGUUAAAGAUUAAUUAGAUUACCCUUGUUAUAUUACGUACUUAAACUAACAUUACAAUUACUAUAUAUAUAUUUUUUCAUAUGUCAUAUAUUUUGUUUAUUCUGCAUUGGAAGUAAAUUUUGUUCGGUAAAUUUACAUUACAAAGUGGAAAUGUACAUUUUGUUCGGUGAAUUUACAUUACAAAGUGGAACUAAUGUACGUCCCAAAAUUAAUUAAAUAAUGAAAUACAAACAAAAUAGUUUUAUGACCUAAAUUUGUCAAAAAUUGUUUUUUUUUUUGUGUAAUGAAAAAAUCUAAUAAAUGCAUUUGAUACUGGAAUACAGUGAGUUGUUACCGAGCUAAGUUUUUUGGUACGGUUUUUUAAACCAACCUAUUAUACAUAUAGGUACCUAUUAUUUAAUUUUAAGUUUAACAAAUAUUUUGUUUUGUUUAACUUACACUCGUUAUACGUACAAAAUUAAUACAUGGAAAAUAUAAACUUUUGAACAAUUCAAUGACCUUGAUGAAAUUAAUUCCUUAUUGUUGAAUGUAAAAAGUAAACAUGAUGCACCGGGAAAGAUUCUUCACACCUAAUUUUGGUAUAACUUUUUUUUAUACUAUUAUUAAUUAUUUACUUAUUUGAUGGCACUAUUCAAAUACUUUUGUAUGUAGGUAAGUAAUUUUAGUUUUAAAUUGAUCACGAAUAAAAUAUUAGAUUCUGAUUCUAAAUAAACUAUUGUAGGUACUUGUUAAUACCUACUUUGUUAUUUGUUAAUCAAAUUCAAAUUAUAAUUUAGAUAUUUUGUAAGCAAUAUUAUUGUUAACUCGUUAAGUUUAUUAAUUUUAGUGGUACUUAGUUGACGUAAUUCUAUUACAAUAAUUAAAAUCAUAAAUCCAACCGUGAGCGGAAUAUUUGUUUAAAUUAUAAGUUCAUUUUCUAAGGUUAUAAUCUGCUUAUUUUUAAUAAAUACAUUCCUAUUGUUUUUGUACAAAUAAAAUAUAUAUUUGAUGAAAAAAGACUGCGAAAAUUUAAAACAGCUGACGAAAAUUUUAUAUGUUCUGUGAAAUAAACAAUGUUUCUUAGUACUGG